UUAUUAGAACAUUCGAUAAACAUCGAAGUGCAUCGAUGUUUUAAUCGUAUAUUGCGCACCUCUACUAAAUGGCAACACGGACAACGUAGCUGGAGAAGAUCAUCACAUUGGACCCAAGGAGAGGAGUGGCCGUUGCAGAAGAAGCCGUCAUCCCAUCUCAAUCUCAGUGCACCAGCCCCGGCCGGACGGACGGAAGCAUGACGACGAUGGACGCCAGCGCCCUGCCGUCGGAGCUGCUCGUGACCCCGCAGCCGCUGGUUGGCUUCUGCGGGCUGGACACGGCGCGAGUGGGCGUGCACAAGGCCGUGUGGGAGGCGUUUAGCGGGAGUUUGCAGCGCAAGGCCGCCGACAGGGCGGCAGUGCAGUACAAGCUGCUGCCGCCCAACUACGAGUUCCCGGUGGCUAAGCCCAAGCGCGCCUCCUACGAGUGGUAUCAUCCAAAGGGCAUACUCAAGCGCAACUGGAUGCUGAAGCAUCUGCACGUUCUGCCCUCGGUGGUCGUGCUCUUUCAGGACAUGGAGUGGAACGACCUGCAGUGGACGGAGAAGCAAGUGCAGUGCGCCGGCAUUGUUCAGGCAUUGAAGAACGCCCUGCAGGAGCGGAACACCCGGCUGUGCCUGGUCUUGCUGCAGAAGGCUGCCCCGUUGCCGCCGGGCGAGGAUUUACUGGCGGCGGAACGGGCUGCCAGCCUGACCAGCGCCUGCGGGAUUACCAGCAAGAUGUUGUUCAUCCUCCCGCACACGGAACACCUCACGGGCUACGCUUUACGGCUGGAGUCGGCCUUUUUGGACAUGGCGCAGUCCUAUUACGCGCUCAUGUCGAAGCGGAUACGUAACCAUCGGGAUCAGUUGACCGCGGCGCACACCUCGCUGAAGAUUCGGCAUCAGUUCAAGCUAGGAUUCGUGGCGGAGAUGCGGCAGGACUUUAGCACCGGCCAAAAGCACUACUUCCAGGCCUACGCUAAUCUGGACGAAAUUCGGAUAAACGAUGGCAAUUGUCUUGAGAUUAAAACCCUGGCCGGUUUCUUGAACUACAAAAUCUGCCGGCUAAUGUUCAAGCUAAAGACCCCGAGAGACGCCAUCAACCAGUUCAUCAUCCAUGUAGAGAAGUACAAGUCCCGAGUGGGCUUCAAGGAUCUGGCCUUUGAGCAUCAUGCCUGGCUGAGCACGCAACACUCUGUUUUCGCCGAGCUCUUUUGUGAAGCCAUCAAGAACGGCCUGCCCGCCUUACAAACGCAGCACCCGGGAAUCUAUUACCACAAGGCAGCGGAAUAUGUGAUGAAGCGACGUGAUUCGGCCCAGCAAGCAUAUGCCACUCUGUUGAGCUCCCCAGAGGCGACGCCUCCAACGCCGAAUAGCCACAAUAGCCUGUCUCUGUACACGGAGUUCUUCGGCAUUCGGUCAGUCAAGACGGGCGACCUGGUAGCCGAGCAGCAGGCCAAUGUGCACCUGUGUGAAAUGGAGCGCACCUUCAACCACUCGUCGGGGAUCAUAGCGUUGCUGAGCCAGGCCAUGGCCCAGUUUAAGAUCUACAAGUGCCUCAGGUUUCGCAAGAAACUAGCUAUCGACAUGGCUGAGGAGUACCUUAAGAGCGGUGAUCAUGCCAAGGCCUUGACAUUGUAUUCGUUAAUGCUCCCGGAUUAUCGGCAGGAAAAGUGGUCCACCAUAUUUACGGACGUUCUGCUGAAGACGCUGCGCUGUGCCUUGCUCUCUGCCUCCGUGGCUGACUACAUUGCCUGCAGUGUGGAAGCUCUGUCCCUGCGCCACAACCGUGGCGAGCAGGCGGAACGGAUUCUGUUGCUGGAGAACCUCUGGCAGGUGUUCCAAGGUAUGCCGCCCAUGCCGAAGACUCAGCUGACCAGCGAAGCUCAGGCGCUGUGGACGACUGCACUGGCCAGCGUGAAGUCGCCCAUUCAAAUCGAUUUGGAUAAGGUUACCGACGUGGUGGAGAUGUGCGCCACAUUCGAGAGAGUGCAGCUAAACAACGACGACGUGGUCCAGUUGAAACUGAUAGUGAGGGUUCUUACGGAUGUACCGCUGAGCGUGCGCAGCUUCCAUGUAAUUCUGGCCGAUGCUGGAUAUCCGCAGAAUAGCUACAAGCUGGAGGCUCUCAAGUAUCUCUGCUUUCCCAGCCUCACACAGCUGCGUCAGGAGCAGGUGGCACUGCCUCAACCGUUUGAGAAGAACAUGAGAUUGGAGCCUGGCUCCUACUACCAGAUGUUUUGCACCACCGAGGCGCAGCAGUUCCACGAGAACACCCAGUUGCGCAUUGUUCGUUUGGAGGCAUACAUGGGUACCGACCAGGUGGCCGCCCUGCUCACGUGCAGUUCGAGUUACUCGCGCCAAUUGUUUCGGCAUCACACGCGUAGCCGGGAUCUCGAUGAUAACGUUACGAUCAAUCCCAUUUGUUACAUCGCGCCCACGUUUCAUCUGGACACGCAAACGAACCUUGGCCAUGGCCAGGAGAAUAAUAGUGGCAUGGAUGAGCAAGAGCCCGUGGUGGCCACCACGCGAAUGCUAGUCAACGAAUACUAUCCCGUUGUAAUCACCAUCAGCAAUCCGUACAAUGUCUAUCUGCAAAAUGUGGGCGUGCACAUCAGUGUACCCGGAGGUCUCCGGAAUAGUGUUUUUCUCACCACGGAUAUCUCACCGGGUCGCCAGAAGCUUCACGCCCAGAUCCAGAUCGAUGUGGGAGAGUUAUCUGCUCAUGGCAGCAACACGGCCACCUUCUACAUCUUCAGCCUGGCGGAAGCGGAAAUCAAGCUGCAACAGAGGCUCAGCUAUACGUUGGAUGUGGAUCGUGGUCCCGGUGGAGGCGGCAGUGGUGGCGUUGGAGGCAAUGCAGCCAGGGUCAGCGCAGCAACGAACAGCUCGGCGGAAUCCACACCCGAUCACGAGGUGAAGGGUGUGCCCAACAAUAGCCUGGCGACAAUUUCGCCCGUGCAGAUAGAGUACCUGGACGAGACGCGGCUGCGGAAGUCACGGGAGGAUGUACUGACGGUGCGUUGCUACGGGGACUUUAAGUUCGCCGCUCGCUUCUACACCCUGGACAGGAAGCCGCUGGGUCAGCUGUAUCGUGGCGAGAAUUUCCUACUGCGAGCCAACACAGAGGUGGUGGCCGUCGAUGAUGUGGAGAUACUGGACAGCUUCUUUAUAUGUGAUCACAAUUUAGUGCAAUCGAACUACAGCUUUAAGCGAAAGAAAUACACCAACAAGUACAGUGCCGGUGAGCAACUGGAGAGCGUGAUAGUGCUUCGCACGAAUGCUACUCUGCGGGACUGGACAACUGCUCGGGAUUUGGAUCAUCGGGGCAAGCUGGAGGGCAAGCCGGUGGCCAGUAAGUUCAUUAGGCCCGCCCUCAAGCCGGCGACUGCCAUCGAAGAGACCGCCUCUGGUCCCACUCCGGUGCCGCCUGCCGGUAUCAGUGCCUACAUGAGCAAGAGUCUGGUGGCCAAGAUACCCACCACGAUGACCAUCAUCAAUAGCAACUCGGCUGUGUCAAAUGCCCUGCAGGUGGCCAAUGCAGGCGUGAUGAGCAGUUCCCUGCACUCGGAGGAGGCCAACGAAGCUAGCGAGGCGACGACAGGCGCCGGCCAGGAGAACUUCAAGACCACUCGCUUGGUGUACAAUAAGGCCUUGGAAGCUGUCCAGGGCACGGGGCAUUGUCGUGGCUUUAUCAAGGGCGUUUACACGUUGGAACCGGAGCGAGCGUCCGCUGUGCCCAUCUUUGGGGUUUUCUGCAUCCGCUGGCGACGUGCCAAUGGCAAGGAGGAGAAUGAGUCCAAGUUUGUGAUCAGUGGCCUGGAUAUUGCGGAGCCACCGCUGAAUAUCUACUGCACCAUUGAGGAGAAGAUGUUCGUGAAGAUGCCUAUGGCUUUCAAGGUGCUACUGAAGAACCCGACAACGCAUGUACUGCAUCUGACAGCCAACCUGAGCAUCAGCAAGACGGAUAACUUUAUAUGCUCGGGACAUAAACAGCUGGAUAUCUCCAUAAUGGCCUACGAGGAGAAGGAACUGGUCUACAACCUGUAUCCCCUGCAAGUGGGCUGGCAGGAGCUGCCCGUGCUGAGCUUGGAGUACAACACGAAGGCGGAUCCGCAGAAGAACGAUAGCCAGAAUGCCUUGCUCGAUGAACUGGUGCAGCGGGCGCUGCCCAAACGAGUCUUUGUGCUGCCACCGCUGAAGCAACAGAACAAGUAGGAAUGAAGAUGCCUAAGUUUAAGUGUUUUAAAGUUUACAAUAAAAGUAUAAACAACUCGGGCGUAUGUGUGUGUAAAAAUUAAACUACGUCUGCUCCAUGCCCUUCUUUAUUGCUAACAACAAACGAAACAUAUAUUAUAUAUUAUAUUUAAAGAGUUGCAGUAGCUUAA